CUUACAUCCGGCCUAAUCCCCGCUCCCUGUGCUCCAUAACAACAUCCGGAACUCUUGGUGGGAAGGAGCAGAGAGGAGACAUCAGGAUCCCAAACCGUGAGGAACCAGAGUGUUUAUUAUAUGUUACACGUUCUGUAUUCUCACUGAUCACUGAAGAUGGACACGGACAAGAUUCAGAAGAUGGAGAGGAUAAUAAAUCUCUCCCUGGAGAUCAUCUACCUGCUGACUGGGGAGGAAUACACAGUAGUGAGGAAGACAUCUGGCGAGUAUGAGACAACCAGCAGUCGCCCCCUUGUGUCAGGAGGACUAAGCAGGACCCAGAGCCCCAUCCCGGUGCCUCCAUUUUACUCACUGAUACAUGAGAGAGACCAUGACCAGGAGAUCCUGGAACUCACAAACAAGAUCAUUCAGCUGCUGACUGGAGAGGAGGGGGAGUAUAUAGAGGAACACAGGGAUUUGUACAAGGACGUGAUGAUGGAGAAUCACCGGCCCCUCACAUCACUGGAUAGGCCCAGUAACAGAGAUAACCCAGAGAGAUGUCCCCGUCCUCUGUAUUCCCAGGAUUAUACAGAGGAGAAUCACAGGAUCCCACAGGAGGUUGAGAGCGAAGAUCUGAUGGAUAUUAAGGUAGAAGAUACAGAGGGAGAAGAAGAGACGUAUGUGACUGAUAUGAAGGCAGAAGAUAUAGAGGGAGAAGAAGAGACGUAUGUGACUGAUAUAAAGAAAGAAGAUAUAGAGGGAGAAGAAGAGACAUAUGUGACUGAUAUAAAGGCAGAAGAUAUAGAGGGAGAAGAAGAGACGUAUGUGACUGAUAUAAAGAAAGAAGAUAUAGAGGGAGAAGAAGAGACGUAUGUGACUGAUAUAAAAAAAGAAGAUAUAGAGGGAGAAGAAGAGACGUAUGUGACUGAUAUGAAGGCAGAAGAUAUAGAGGGAGAAGAAGAGACGUAUGUGACUGAUAUAAAGAAAGAAGAUAUAGAGGGAGAAGAAGAGACGUAUGUGACUGAUAUAAAGAAAGAAGAUAUAGAGGGAGAAGAAGAGACGUAUGUGAGGGGUGAUCAGCAGUGUAAGGAGGAGACAACCCCUACAGAUACCAGCACACCAGAUGGAUGUAGCAGCCGGAAUGUCUCAGAGGAUCCUCUCACUAUAUUUCCAGAUGGUAAAAUAGAAGAAGAAAAUGUCACCCAAGAUUCUACGGAAGAAAUCCCUCUUACCCCAGUUACACAUCCGGAACAUCACCAUGCAGAUAUAUCAUCUGGUUCCUCUGAUCCUGGGGAAUGUGCUCCUGAUAUCUCUGAUGCAUCUGUUACAGCUCUGACAGUAGAUACAGUGUGUCCCUCUACUAUAGAUGCUGAAUGUUCAACACAGAGCACAGAGCCUGUUACCCAUCAGCCAGGGAAUAGGCCACUUCAAUGUUCUCAGUUUGGGAAAUGCUUUAGAUAUGAAUCAUUUUUAUGUAUACAUCAGAGAUAUCACAAAGUUGAGAGGCUGUUUCCAUGUUCUGAGUGUGGACAAAGUUAUACAGAGAAAUCAAAUCUUGUUAGACACCAGAGAAGUCACACAGAGAGACGAUUUCCAUGUUCUGAGUGUGGGAAAUGUUUUAGAGAUAAAUCAGUUCUUGUUAGACAUCAGAGAAGUCACACAGGUGAGAGGCCAUUUCCAUGUUCUGAGUGUGGGAAAUGUUUUACAAGGCCAUCAAGUCUUUUUACACAUCAGAGAAGUCACACAGGUGAGAACCCAUUUCCAUGCUCUGAGUGUGGGAAAGGUUUUGGACAGAAAUCACAUCUUGUUAGACAUCAGAGAAGUCACACAGGUGAGAAGCCAUUUCCAUGUUCUGAGUGUGGGAAAUGUUUUGGACAGAAAUCAUGUCUUGUUAUACAUCAGAGAAGUCACACAGGUGAGAAGCCAUUUCCAUGUCCUGAGUGUGGGAAAUGUUUUACACAGAAAUCAUCUCUUGUUACACAUCAGAGAAGUCACACAGGUGAGAAGCCAUUUCCAUGUCCUGAGUAAGUGGAAUUACUCAGGAGGUACUUUGUGUGUUUGCAAGUGAGAAUAUUUUAUUAAAAAAUUAAACAGCAUUGUGUGGCUCA